UGAGCGCCGUUAAAGUGUCACCUUCUCUCGUCCUGUCUUGUUUUUUCCUCUUUCCUCUCCUCUGUUUUAUCUCCUGCUGGCUAUAAGGUUACAUUUGUAAGGUCGGGGAAGAGAAACAGUCCAUUUAUUUCCCACCUCGUCGGGGUGUGUUGGUGUCGGUGUGUGUGGAGAAAUGUAGGAAGUAACUGACUUUCCGACCGGGACGACGAGGACAUGUUCCUCUUCAAUUUCUCUAAGAAGCUGUGAUUUAUACGAAUUAAAAAGACGCCGAAGUAUUGGGAAAUCACUUUCUCGUUAUUUAAAACGCGACAGGAGCACUUUCUUGGCUCACCUUUUUUGGAAGAAGCUCAGGUGUAGAAACUUUUUCUUUCCAAGUUGUGUGAUUGGAGUUCGUUAAGGCUUCCCGGAGCUGCGGAAAUCUUCCAUUUCUGUCAGCGAUAUUUCAGCUUUUAAAGAUGAAAUGAGGGGUUUUCCUCGACAGUGGAUGCCUGCAGAGAGUUAUGCUGAAGUUUGCCUUUGAGCAUCAGGAUGAGCACCACAGAUGGAACAGGGGUCUCUGAACAGGAUGGAGAGGUCCAUGUUGUGCAGAUCUACCCCAGGCUGUCCCAGGACACCACUGCCUACUGUCCUGUGCAGGUCAGCGCUGGGGACACGGCGAGUGCGAUCAUCCACAAUGCCGUGGUCACUCUGGGCCUGGACUCCAGCCUGACGUACUGCUUGCUGGAGGCGAGGGAGAGCGGUGGAGAGGAGAGGCUGCUGGAGGCUGGGGACUGCCCCUUAGACAGAGUCCUGCUGUGGCCCCCAGAAACACAGAAGUGGCACCCUCCGAGCCAUGGGUACUACUUCAUUCUGCAGGAGCAGCAAGCCAACAGUGCAGGAAAACGAGUAGAAACCAUCAAAGAGGACUAUGAUGACCUCUGCAACCUCCCCACUGUGACCGAGGAGAGUGUUCUGGAGGCUUUACGCCAACGCUUCUACAAGCACAAGAUCUACACCUAUACCAGCAACAUCCUCAUAGCAAUCAAUCCCAAUAAAUUCCUACCCGUUUACUACAAUCCAAAGUAUAUCAAGAUGUACGAGAACCAGCCACUGGGCAAACUAAGCCCUCAUAUAUUUGCCAUAGCCGACGUGGCCUUCCGUGCUAUGCUGAACAGGCAGGUUAACCAGUGCAUUGUGAUUUCUGGAGAGAGUGGCUCAGGGAAGACUGAAAGCAGCAGUUUUCUCAUUCACUGCCUGACUGGACUCAGCCAGAAGACAUACUCCAGCGGGCUGGAACGGACCAUCCUAGGGGCCGGCCCAGUGAUAGAGGCCUUUGGCAACUCCAAGACUGCAGAGAAUAACAACUCCAGUCGCUUUGGGAAGUUUAUCCAGCUCAACUACCUGGAAAGUGGUGUCAUCAGAGGGGCAGUUAUUGAGAAGUACCUACUUGAAAAGAGCCGCCUGGUGUCUAGAGAUAAGAGUGAGAGGAACUACCAUGUGUUCUACUACCUGCUGAUGGGUGCGUCCAAAGAUGAAAAGGAGGAGUUUCAUCUAUUUAAGCCGCAGGAUUAUCUCUACCUCAACCAGGGAGACGUUCAUUUAGAUGAUGACGAGGACCUUGGGCAGCAGUACAAGAGGCUCCAUCAAGCAAUGGAGAUGGUUGGCUUUCUGUCAUCCACUAAGAAACACAUAUUUUCCAUCCUCUCUGCCGUCCUGCUCUUGGGCAAUGUGACCUUCACACUGUCAGAGGACACUCAGGUCCUGGAGGCUGGACCUGCUGAAGUCUUGUCUACACUUUCAGACCUGUUAAAGGUAAAAAAUGAACUACUGGUGACGGCUUUGACCAAGAGGAGAGUAGUGACUGCCAACUGCACUGUAGUUUCACAGUACACACUACAAGAGGCUUCCACCAUGCGGGACUCCAUGGCCAAAUCUUUAUACGGUGCUCUGUUUGACUGGAUUAUCCUUCACAUCAACCACGCGCUGCUCAACAGACGAGACAUGGAGGAGUCCAUCUCUUGUUUGUCCAUUGGUGUCUUGGACAUGUUUGGGUUUGAGAACCUCCAGACAAACAGUUUUGAGCAGCUAUGCAUCAACUACAGCCAUGAAACACUGCAGUAUUACAUCAACCAGAACAUCUUCAAGCUUGAGCAAAAUGAUUAUGUGUCCGAGGGCAUCAGCUGGCAAAACAUCGACUUCACUGACAACCGUGGUUGCAUUCAACUGAUCAGCAGCGAGUCAGUUGGACUUUUUGACUUGCUGGAUCAGGAAUGCAGCCUUCCUCAGGCCACAGAUGAAACCUUCAUGGACAAGUUAAAGCAGCAAAUUCAGGACAAUCCACUCUUUGUACCCUCUCAAAAUACAGAGCCAACUUUUGUCAUUCAACAUUUUGCUGGGAGAGUUAAAUAUCACAUCAAGGAUUUCAGAAAGAAAAACACAGAACACAUGCGUCCUGAAGUCGUAUCACUGCUAAGGAGCAGUGGGCGCUCAUUCCUACAUCACUUGGUUGCAUCCAGCCCAGAAGCCCUGUUCAGAUGGGGCGUCCUCAGAGCAACCAUACGCAUCCUCACAGUAUUCAAGAGCAUGGCACGCCAGCGGGCAGAAUUGAUAGCUGAAAGACGAAGCUCCGGCAAGUCUCUCAAAGACAUGAAACAGUGCAGCAGUCCUAUGGGCAAGCUGUCCAGCAAAAGCGAGCCUCUGGAUUUCUCCUUUGAUCGCUCUGAUGAACAUCCUAUUGAUAUAUUUGAGGAUAUCUUUGUCUCUUACGAAAAGAGAAAGAAAAGUAGAGGCGGUCGACAGAAGCAGCUAAUUCCAAAGAACCUCAUGAAUUUGCGUUCACUCCAACACAUUGUUGGUGUCACGGCACAUGACCGAACCAGCAAAUCCAUCUUCCACCCUCACCGGACAUCAAAGCUCCAAACAGUUAAUGCUCAGUUUCAGGCGUCACUCAAAAAGCUGAUGAAGACAAUUGAAAAAGCUGAACCUUUCUUCAUUUUCUGUGUUCGAUCCAAUGCUGAAAAGAAAGAGCUGCAGUUUGACAAUGAACUAGUGCUCAACCAAAUCAAGUAUACAGGCAUACUGCAGAUGAUUCACAUUCAGAAGUCUGGCUACAGUGCUAAAUACACAUUCAAGGAAUUUGUCAAGAAGUUUAGGAUGUUGCUUCCAAAAGGAGCCACUGCAACUCCAGAGCACAUAACUGAACUGUUCGAGAGGAUGGAGUUGGACAAGAGCACCUACCAAAUAGGAAAAACCAAGGUUUUCCUCAAGGAAAAGGAACGGCAGCUGCUUCAAGACACUCUUAACAAAGAAGUAAUGCGUCACAUCAUUAUCCUGCAGCGCUGGUUCCGCGCCUGUCUGAUACGGUUGCACUUUCUGGAAAAAAGAGACGCCUCUGUGAUCAUACAGAGGUGCUGGCGUGAGUUUUAUGUUCAACAAAACCGAGCUGCGACAGUGAUCCAGACAGCGUGGAGGAGUUCUCUGAAGAAGUCAAAGAACCCACAUGAGGAGGAUGAAGACAAGUCCAAAGCCCGGCCUGGACGAGACAGUUUGGCAAAAAAGGAGUUGAAGAGGCAGCACAAAGUGGAACUCAGCCCCAGCAGGACCCAGCAGCCUGACCCAGGCAGGAGCAGGAGCAAGGAUAAAAGAGAAGGCAGAGGAUCUCCUCCCCCGCUCAACAGACCCCUCUCCCUCCCUCUGGACCCUAAAGUUAGCACUGACGAUUUCUCCAGCAGCCCUAAGAGCAGCUCGCUUCAGCGCUACCAAGAUGUAGGGGGCAUCAAGGAUAAGGCCAUAAGGUGGAGAGAACGACAGAGUGAAGGUGAACCGACAGACGAAUCAAGUCCUGAAAUACAGCGGCGAAGGGAUAAGAAGAAAGAUGACUUUUACCGGAAAGCAAAGUCCAUGUCUGCUGAUGAACUGUCCAAGGUCAGCUCAUCAGGCUCUGACAGCUCACCUUCUACCACUGAGGUCAGAGUGCGUCCCCGCAAGCAGAACCAACGCAGGCGGCGGUUAGCCUACGCCCGCAGCGGUUUGGUGAUUAACUUUGCAGCUUCCAAGGAGAGCGAGUACUGGAGCUUUCCACUGCCUCCCAUCAGCCCACUUGUGCCCACCCUGAAGAGUUCAGCUAGUAGCAUCGAUGUCCGGGCCCUCAAAUCCCAGGUCAAGUUACCAGCAGAGCCUGAUGGCUCAAGGUUCAGCCUUCCACCCAGAACCAGUAAUGAGAGCUCAGGACAACAGAGGUCUAGCCAAUCACAACUCACAACCCCUGAGAGGAUUUGGUUUCUCGGUAAAUUCCUGAAGAAACGAACACCCAAGCUUCCUCCAAGCAGUGACUCUCCUACAAGUAAAACAGUCACCUUGCCCAGUUACACUCCACCUCCUUACCACACAGCAAAUCAAAACAGUGGGAGGGCCAGUCGUAACCCCACCAUUCGAAUCAGCCGAGCCACACGGGCGUUACAGUGGGACGCAUCCCUGGACCGAGAGAUCACCAACCCCAAGGAGCUACGAAACCUAGACGAGUUCCUCGGGAAUCAGGUGAAUGAGCUGCGAACAAGAAUAAAAGAGCUGUCGGCAACAGAGAGCAUUUUCCUCACUGCCACCAUGGAGUUCAGAGAGACCAUCAAAGGCAUGUACUCUGUCCAGAAGCCCCAAAUUGGUUACAAAGAUUUGAUGAAAGGCUUCCAUAACAAAGUGAAUUCACUAGCGGGAUCCAAGGAAAAGGGAGAAGUCUCACUGGUGGUCAACCUGUUCCAGUCUGUGCUGGAUGGCUUCAUCAGGGGGGAAAUAAAACGGGUGGAGUCUGAACCAGCCAAGGCUACUAAAACGACAAAGAAGAGGAGAAAAAAAAAACAAUGUCCUGACAGUCCUCUGGACCACCUGUUCAGCACAUACCAGGUGAACAUUAUGCAGUCAUGUGACUUGUGUGGCUCCUACAUCUGGGGAAUGGAGAAAGCCUACAUGUGCAGUGCUUGCAAGUUAAUAUGUCACAAGAAAUGCCUGAAACAAAUCAUAACAGAUUGCUCAACACGGUGUGCCAUGAAGGAUGACAAUGUACCUGGCUCCCUUCACUUUGGGGUGCAGGUGUGCGUCCUCACCAGUAAAGCCAACCCUGUGCCCAAAGUGGUGGAGUUGUUGCUGAUGCAUGUGGAGCUAAACGGCCUCUAUACUGAGGGCAUUUACCGCAAAUCGGGCUCAGCCUGUCGAGCAAGGGAACUCCACCAGAUUCUGGAGACCAAUCCAGAGGGAGCAUGCUUGGAUAACUAUCCCAUCCACACGAUCUCAGGCCUUGUUAAACGCUGGCUCAGAGACCUGCCAGAUCCCCUCAUGACGUUUUCCUUGUACAGCGACUUUCUGCAUGCCGUGGAGCUGCCAGAAAAACCUGAGAAAAUAAGAGCUGUAUACAAAUUGAUUGAAGAGCUUCCUCCUGCUAAUUACAACACAUUGGAGCGGCUUAUCUUUCACCUCGUCAGGGUUGCAAAAGAAGAAGACCACAAUAAAAUGUCGCCGAGCUCUCUUGCUAUCGUGUUUGCCCCCUGCAUCCUGCGUUCACCUGAUGCUAGUGACCCCUUCCUUGGUAUGAAGGAUGUGUCCAAGACCACGCUCUGUGUGGAAAUCCUGAUCUCUGAGCAGUUCAGGCGCUACAAAGAGAAGAUGCAGAAUAUUCAAGAACUGGAAUACGCAGAGGCGCUAGCUGUCAAUCAGCUCAAACUGAGGAGACAAAACACGGUUGUUGAAAAGCCUUCACAGCUGGAUGUUCCACAGCAAACACAUUUUGAUGAAACAGAUAAACUCAUCGAAAGGAUCAAGUCCAUCAAACAAGAGAAAGUGGACUUGGCCUGCACCUUACCUAACCUGGAGCAGGAGAACUCUGACAAUGACAACCUAGACUCAUCAUCAUCAAUGAGCACAGAGAGCCUAGAAGACCGUCUGGGGAGCUUGGAAUCGGAAGCAGGGAAAGAGAAAGUGCAGUUGAAAACCCAGAGACCCAACUGCCCACAGAAACCUCCUGACCUAGCGCAGCGAGUCAGAAAACUAAUGGCUCUAUCAGACAAUGAACAGACAGAGCUCACGUCAGGACAAAACACAGAUGUUAUGCAAUCCAUGUGUUUCCUGCCCAACCAAGACACCCCAGUCCCGGCCAGCAAGCCCCAAGACACCAACAAGACUUUAAAUGGUAGCUUUGAUGACCUGGACAUCCCUUAUAUUGAUGAGGAUGAAGAUCCAAGCUGAGCAUAAAACCGCAAGCUGUAAUAAUUUGAAUCUUCCCAAGUAUGUGCUAACAGAAGAAAAAAUAAUAUGCACUUUGUUUUACAGACUUUUCCAUUUGUCAGUGCUGCUAUGGAAACAAAGUGCCUUGAGAAUUUUGAUGUAUUUAAUGGGAGUUUAUGCUGACCAUUCCUUCGGGUUUUUAUAGCAGAUCUGAAGAACUACUUGUCAUCUUUAUAUUGAUAUACUACUUGUGAAUUUAAACAUGUUUUACUAUCUGUACAGUAAGCAUUUUAUAAAUUGCAGAAAUUCUCUUCUGUGUAACUCUGAAGAGGGAAAACAGGACAACAUGAUGAGAAACAAUUGAGUACAUGAGAGUCUCCUUUACUAAAGGAUAGUACUCUGGACAAUACACCGCCAUUGUGGUACUAAUGGGAGUCUAUUCUGUUUGUGGGGGGAAAACUAUCUUUUAACUGUACCAGAAAAGUACUAACCUUGUACUGAGAGUGAUUCUCCAUUGUACAGAGUGUUUUCAUUUUAGUCUGUGCCUGAAUCCCUUCAGUUGUCUUUUCUCUUUUCAAUUUCUUAUGGUAUACAUAAAGCUGUAACUGAUCAUUGAUUUAGUAUACCCAUAAAGGAAGUGUUGCCUUUUAGAUUGACUGACUAUUUUUGUUAUUGCAGGCUGUUCAGUUUCACCCAGGAAGCUUCUUUGUAUAUAUUCUUGUCAUCAUUUUAUGUGCAUGCCUGUAUAUUUUCUAAGGGGUAGGACUGAUGGAUAUUAUAGUUGGCAUCUCCAAAUCUGACUUAUGUCACCAACUGAAAUAAAAGAACAACUGACAAGUGUCUCCUCCUGUGAUGCUAAGAACAGUGACACAAAACAUCUUCCCUUAAACCAUAGCCAAUGUAGCUACUGUUUAACAGCAACAAGUCUCUUGAUGCAUGGCACGUUCAUGUCAGAAAUUAGAAGUACUUCAGUAUCACUCUGACAAACACAAACUGCAUUUGAGGAAAUCUGUAAAGUGAAGGACUAAAAAGAGAAAACAUACAAAAAGCCAGCUUUUGUGUUAGAAAUGUAAAAUGUAUGUCCAAUAGUAUAUAAUAUUGUUAAAAUACUGAUGCCUUUUCAAUUUAAUUUAAUUGAUGGGUUUUCCCCAGUGUUUAAAUUUUGAGUGUUGGACUAUACAGUAUAUCACUAAAUUGUAAUAUAUGAUCCAAGUUAAUUUUAAUACAUAAACAACCCCAGACUCAAAAUUAUUCAGCAAAACAAACCUUUGAGACUACUAUGUGGUCAGAAAAACAUGCAUUUUACACUCACCCUGCGGCCAAUUUCCUACACAAGCUUAGUUUUUAAGGUUUUUUUUCAUCAUUUCCCAACCCAUGCUUUUCCCAGAACUCUAAAACAUUUUAUCCAUUCUAAAUGAAGUGGUAAAUUGAAAUAUCUCUAGAUUUCACUUUUCUUCUUCCCAAUAUUAGAACAUGGCAAAACAAUGAAGAAAAUAUGUUUCUUUUCACCAUUAUUUUAGCAAACUUCAAUGUUUUGUUUUGUUUUAGAGUUUAUUUUCAAAUCUGAUUAAGGGAAUUGGGGUGCACAGUAAAAAUCUAUAAUUUUCUGGAUUUUUUCUUUCUAUUUUCCUGAAUUUUUGAUAGACACAAAAUUUUAAUAAAAUCACAAAACCUGA